AUGUCUAUUGGUAUUGAUCUAGGGUCAACAUAUUCUUGUAUGGGUAUUUGGAAAGAAGACCAUACUCAAAUAAUUACAAAUGACAGUGGCAAUCUCAUCACUCCUUCAUAUGUAGCAUUCACUAAUCAUGGACGUUUAGUUGGUGAUUCUGCAAAAAAUCAAAUAUCUAGAAACCCUUGCAAUACUUUUUAUAGUUCUAAGAAAUUUGUUGGUUGUAACUUUAAUGACCAAACAGAUCUGAUUAUGAAUCUAAGACGUUGGCCAUUUAAUAUCGUUGAUAGAAAUAAUAUGCCUUAUUUUAAAACUGAGGAGAUGGGUGCUACUAAAUAUUUUACACCUGAAGCAAUUUGUUCUAUGAUAUUGUCAAAGUUAAAAGAUGAUGCUGAAAAUUUUACUGGUGUACAGAUUGAUAAUGCUGUUAUUGCAAUCCCUGCAUACUAUAGUUUAGUACAAAGGCAAGCCAUUAGAAAUGCUGCUUACGCGGUUGGUUUGAAUACUCUUAGACUUAUUAGUGAUACAUCAGCUUCAGUAAUCACCUAUAUAUUGUCACAUAAAUCAACAGACGAAUGUAAUAUUCUAACUAUUGAUCUUGGAAGUGAAAUUCUUGGUGUAUCUCUCACCACUUUGGAAGAUUCUGUCAUCGAAGUGAAGGCUGAAGCUUGUGAUCCCAUCCUCGGAGGCAAUUAUUUUGAUCAAAGAAUAGUUAAUUAUUUUGUUCAAGAAUUUAAAUCCAAGUUUAAAAAGGAUCUUACUUUAGAUGCUCGUGCAAUGUGUCGUCUUAAGGUUGCUUGUGAACGUGCAAAGUGCACGCUUUCUGUUUCAAAUAGUGCAAAUAUUGAAAUAGAUGCUCUUUUUGAUAACAUUGACUUCUAUACUCGUUUGACUCGUACCAAAUUUGAAAUGUUAAAUCAGGAUUUAUUUAGAUCUAUUCUCGAACCAAUUGAAAGAGUGCUUGGAAAUGGUAAAAUAGAUAAAACUCAAGUUCAUGAAAUUAUUUUGACUGGUGGUUCUACUCGUAUUCCUAUGGUUCAAAAAGUUAUUUCAGAUUUCUUUAACGGUAAACCACUAAAUAAAUCCAUUAACCCUAAUGAAUCUGUUGCCUAUGGUGCUGCAGCAUUCGCUGCUAAAUUGUCUGGCAACGUAUCAGAAAAAAUGAAUGAAUUUCUUUUGCUCAAUACUAUCUACUCAUCUCUUGGUAUUGAAACUGAUGGUUGGGUUAUGACCCCGCUUAUAAAAAGAAAUACCUCAGUGCCUACGAAAAUAAGGGAGAUCUUUUCUACAUAUUACGACAACCAACCUGCCUUAUUUAUUAAAGUAUAUGAAGGUGAUCGUGCCAGUACAGAAGAUAACAGCUUGCUUGGUAAAUUUAUUCUUACUGGUAUUCCUCCAGCUCCUCGAGGCACACCACAAAUUGAAGUCACGUUUGAUAUUGAUAAUAAUUUAUCUUUAAACGUUUAUGCUGUCGAUAAAACUACUGGACAAUUCAAUAAAAUCUCUAUCAAUAGUGAUAAAAAUAAUAAAGAACAAACUUUACCUGAUGAGAUUCAAGGAUGGCCAUUAGAUCGAUUAAUAGUACAUCGACCAUCUAAAGAACCACCAUCUAAAGAUUCACCAUCUAAAGAUUCACCAUCAAAAGAUUCACCAUCAAAAGAUUCACCAUCAAAAGAUUCACCAUCAAAAGAUUCACCAUCAAAAGAACCACCAUCUGAAGAUCCAUCAUCUAAUGAUCCACCAUCUAAAGAUUCUGAAGAUUCACCACCAAACUAUACAACAUUCGGUGACCUUAUUAAAUUUGUAUUUCCAAUGGGUGCUCCUAAUGGAAAAAGAUUUGUAAUAAAGUCGUCACCUAAUUCUGAAGGCAAACAAUUCUUGCCACAACAAAUAAUUUCUCAGGUAUUAUCUGGAAACAAUAUUGAUCUAUGGGUAGAUUUAGAAGACAUUCCAGAUCUUAAUAAUUUGUUUUAA